CGCGGGCGCGCCGCGGCCGCGCGCGGCGGCGGCGCUGGCGGCGGCCUGGCUCCCCGCCGCGAUGCCCUCAACGGGCGCCGCCAGGCGGCGCCCGUGGAGCAUGUCUCGCCGGCCCAGCAGCAGAGCAGUUCCACUCAGCUCCCUGCCAGACGCCUUCGUCGAUGCAGUCAGUCCGUGCAGCCAUGCUUCCAGCAGGACUCGAGGCCCAGCCGCAGGCCGCGGCCGGGCGCGCUGUGCCUCGGCGGCGGCGCCGAGCCGCCCCUUCGGCGGCCGACGCGCAGGGCCCUCCGCGUGACCGUGGUGGCGCUGGUCGGCGCCGCCUCCGUGGCGGCGGCGGCCGCCCUGCUCCUCAGGUCCGCGGGGCCGGCGGCGCGCUCGCGGGGCGUGGCCGCGCUGGCCGCGCUGCUGGAGAGCAGCUGCGCGACACGGGCUGGCCGGGGCUGGCCCUGCACGUGGUCAUCUUCUCUGCCUGGGUGGGCCUGUCGCUGCCCACGACGGUCAUGGAGGUGGCCACCGGCUUCGUCUGGGGCGCCGCCUGGGGUUUCUUCGCCAGCCUCCUCUGCAAGACGAUCGGGUCCGUGAUCGCGUUCGUCGUGGUGCUUCUGCUCAGGCAGCGGCUGGGCUGGGAGGCGCCCCGCACGCCCUCCUAG